AUGCUCUUUCCAGCCCAACGCGUACAAGUGUGUGCAGCGGGAGCGGCGUCGGCAGCAGCAGCAGCAGAAGCAGCAGCAGCAGCAGCAGCAGCAGGGAGAGCGGGGCCGCCCGGCUGCUGCGGCGGCGGAGAGGAAGCAACUGCUGCUGCUGUCGACGCCAUCUUUGCAAUGCUGGACUCUCCAUUUGAUGCUGUUUUUGAAGCAGAUAUAAAGCAGUGGCUGCAGCAGGACGAGCAGCAGGAGGAAGCAGCGGCAGCAGCAGCAGCAGACGGGGACGCAGCCAAGGCGAGCCUGCUGCGACAGGCAAAACUUGCUGCUGCUGCACCCAAGAAGUGGCUGCUAGAUGGCAGGGAGCCGCAGCACAGAGAAAGGAGACAGUGUCCCCGUUUGGCUCAGUGCUGCUUGGGGCUCCCCGGGCAGCAGCAGCAGCAGCAGCAGCAGCAGCAGCAGCA